UUACUUUAUUAAUAGUUGAUAAUAAUUAUAGAUGAAUGGUAAAUUUGUAAUUUGGAUUUGCCUGAUUUGGACUUUGGAGUUUUGGACUCCUUGGAUUUGGAGGUAGUUCUCGGCGUUCUCGCUGUGAACGUGGUAACGCUUAUCGCUUCUACGCAUGCGCCUAAAUUAUACUUAUACCAGACUGAAUGAUUGUGCAUGGUUAACAGCGUAAAAUGUAAAUACGCAAUUAUUAUAUUAUCAUGUCACGGUGUUAAUGAAUAUUUCUUACAAGUUUCAAAGAAAUUAUGAACUAACUUGUCUCAUAAAUUAGUAUAUAGUGUGUUGUUUUAGAUUUCAACGUUAUUAUUGCUUUGUUAAAUUGACCUUUUAUAAUAACAAUAUACAUCAAACAUCAACGUCACUGUAAUAAACUAAUGAUAUUAGUCGUCAUCGCACCACCCAACCCCGCCGGCCAUAUAUUAUUCUCAUUGGUCCGUUGCCCAACCGACAAAUACCAAUACAAUGUUGUACCGGAUUUUGGUUAACCUUGCUUAACCAAAAUGGUUAACAACUACAUCCUAAUCGUCGAGUCAAUAAUGGCGGUACAGACAUUCAUCUGACGUCGGUAACGAAACACAACUGUCGUUCUAUUAUCCGCGUUGUAGUGGUCACUGAUUCAAUAACAUUUCUGAAGUUACUAACGCGUUUAGGCGGUACAUUUUAAAAAUUCAGUGCCAGUUCCGGUGGUCGUGGUCGUUGGCAAGUUGUCUUCCCGAACUAUAUCACGACAACGAUUAUCGAAACACGUUUUCAUGGAGAGCGUCCCAUGCCCACUUUGUUGUGAAGAUAGGUUCUCCAACCAAGACUUGUUGAAAUAUCAUUUGUUAAGUUUGACCACAAAUAUCCUGUGCCCCUUCUGUGGAAAACAGUGCGAUGAUAUCAACUCAUUGGUCGUGCAUUUGGAUAAAAUUUGCACCGAAAAAGAAGAUGAAGUUAAUAAAUCCGUGCAAGACAACAAUGAAAUGAUCGUCGUAUAUCCAGAUGAUGAUGAACCUGAACCGGAACCAGAAAAUGAAAUCGGAGAAUUCGAUAAUCUUGUGGGUGAAGAGGAUUAUCAGAAUGAUGAACGGCAAACUGAUACUGAUGCAGAAACUGGAGUUAAGAAAUUUAUUGAAGAAUUUACUAUUGAUGACCCAAAUAGAAUAUUGCGACCACCAGAAACGACAGAAACAGAAAUUUCCAAAGAACCACAUCCUUAUCAUUGUUCUGAAUGCAAUAUACAUUUUCCAUCAAUUCAGGAACAUAUCAAUAAUUGUCACAAAGGCCAAGAAGUUGUGUUUCAGGUAAUUGAAGAUAAUGACCAAAAUAAUGCACUAAAGGACAGUCCUGAUACCACUGGCGAACAGAUUCCUCAGAUAGGAACUUGGAUUAAAUGGGGCAACGGCUACUUUUAUACAAACAAUAAAGAUGUAGCAAUGAAACAUUUAGCUGAUAUUAAGUCAGAAGAAACAACAACUCUAGAAACUAUUCCUGACGAUUUUGUUAAAUCAAAAGAUGAAAAUAUAAAAACCAAAAGCAAUGUGCAUCAAAAUUAUACCAGCAUAUUAUCUUCCAAUAUUUAUUCAAAUCAUUGCAUCACGGAUUCAUAUGGUGAUCGAUAUUUUGAUGUUCCUGUUUAUUUACUUAAUCAAGUUUCUGAGAAGGUUAAUGAUUACUUCCAAGUCGAAGCUCGUAAAUUGAGUUUCAAGAAACGAAUCCGUCUGAUACGAUUAAAAUCUAAUGAUGAUGUAUUUGAUAUUGAGCAAAUAUUAUUUCAAAAUAAACCAACUAAUUCCAACAUUAUUCCAAUAUUAGAAAUAGCAGUUGAAUGUAAUGAAUACUCUCAAUUAGACAACUUGGAGAAUUGUUUUUUGUUAACUUGGAAAUGUAUAGCAUGUAAUGUAAAAUCUGACCAUUGGUCUAAGUUAAAUAAACAUAACUGCACAGAAGAUGAUGCAAUGGCGCUCAAGUCUAAAAAAAAUAAUGAUUGUAAAAGUCCAGCCAUCCGAAAUAAUAGUCGCACAAUUCCUAAUGUUCGAUCAAAGCAUAUUUGUCCACAUUGUGGUGGGGAAUUUGAUUCAGAAGGUUACUUAAGAACACAUCUCAUGGUACAUGUAAAUGAUUCAAAUAAAUGUCUAUUUUGUGAUCAACCAGUAGCACCUGAGAUGAUGGAAACACAUUUAAUUGCUCAUCAAAAUCCAGAAUUUUCUAACCUAAAAUUUCUAUGCAAUGUAUGCAAUAAAUGUUAUGAUUCGGAAUUUCGUCUCCGGUGUCAUCAAAGAGCACAUGAAAUGCGGCGUAAACCUCGUGAAAUAUUAGUUUGUGAUGUUUGCAAUGCCCAAUUUAAUGAUAAAAACUCUUUGAAACAUCAUGCCAUUACUCAUAUUGAACCCCCUGAACGUUUACGCCGAUUACAUGAAUGCCGUUUUUGUGGAAAAACUUUUGUUAAACCUAUCGAGAAAGUUAACCAUGAAAGGGUGCACACAGGUGAGAAACCUUUUGCUUGUCCAGUAUGUGGUCGUUGUUUCAGGCUCAAAGAUCUCGUACAAAAACAUAUGCGUGUACAUACCAAAGAACGCCCUUAUAAAUGCCGUCAUGAAGGUUGUGAUAAGACGUUCAGUGCAUCAAGCAGUAGAGUCAAUCAUGAACAAGGUCAUUCUGGUAUCAAGCAAUUUAAAUGUUUUUACUGCCCUAGAUAUUUUAAGAAUUGGGUGUCGAGAAGUAAUCAUGUCCAAGAGCAUAUGGUUAAGCACAAAUGUGACAUUUGUGAUCGUUCAUUUGUGUCAUUUUGUAAUUAUAAGAAACAUUUGAAAAUGCACGCAGAUGGUAGGCUCAAAUUCAGUUGUGUACUAUGCCGUCAAGCAUUUGGAAGACAACUGUUUUUAGAUAAUCAUCUGAGUAGAGAACAUGAAAUGAAAUCAAAUAAAGAAGAAAAUAUAACUGAAUAGUUUUUAAUUUUAUAUAAAAAAUAUAAAAUUUUAGUGUAAUCAA